AUGGAGUACUGCGGCGGCCAAUCUAUGCAAGAUAUCUAUCUUUAUACACGCAGACCCUUAGAGGAAGACUGUAUAGCGUUUGUCUCACGUGAAACACUCCGGGGUUUAAAUUUCAUGCACGAACGCGGUCGAAUACAUCGUGAUAUCAAAGGUGCCAACAUCCUUCUGACCGACGAUGGUCGGGUCAAAGUCGCGGACUUUGGAGUGGCGGCACAACUGAAUAACUCCAUUGGGAAACGAACUACACUUAUUGGCACACCUUACUGGAUGGCACCUGAGGUUGCUUCUAUCGAGUCUCGUGGGGCGGGGUAUGACGCAAAGUGUGAUAUAUGGGGUGUUGGUAUUACAGCAAUCGAGUACGCAGAACUACAACCACCAAUGUUUGACUUGGAUCCCAGAAAAGCAUUACAAAUCUUGGGAACGAGAAAUUACAAACCUCCUAGCCUUCAGGAUCGCCAAAAGUGGUGA